AAGUCUGCGAUUGAUCUCCAGGAUCUCGUCCAGGCCAUGUUGGGUGUACAGACUAGGCAGAAACGACCGUGCCUCUCCGAAGAAUGUGACAUGACGCGCUUCGCGAUGCAAGUCACAUGGUUGCCUGGCAUGAAAGAACACGGCAACUACCCAGCUACCUGGUAUAUAUAACGCUAUCUUUCUCCCGUACGCCUCUCCCUAACAGUGUUAUCACCACUUUCUCCAGUCCAUUUCCCUCUUACCACCAAAGCGACAGUCAACUCAGUUUCACUCUACCAUGGCCACCCAAGGAGUACCGACUACUGCUGACCCGGCAAGCGAGCAGUUGAUCGAGAACUUCGCUGGAACAUUCUCUGCUGUUUCGAAAAGUGCCAUGUUUGCAUGUGGCGGGUCUAUCCCAGUCACUACCUCUGCUUCCGAUGCUUCAGAUGGAAGACAAGAGAACAAGCACAAGGAAGACAACCCGGACAUCGAAACCAAAGAAAGCAACGUACAAGCCGAUCAUGUGCGCUCCUCUCCCCCGAUCUGCAUUCGUCUCGAGGGUUGCGGCAAAGCUCUGCUGUUCCCAACUGGCGAGCAAUCGUCACUAUUCCAACAACUGAUUUCAGCAACUGAGCCUGCUAGCUUCGGCUAUCAGGGCCGCGAUGUGAUCGACGAAACGUACCGCAAGGCUACCAAGCUUGACACGAGUCAAUUCUUGACAGACUUCGACCCACAUGGCCUUGGUAUUGUGGAAAUCAUCAACCAGCUCUUACUGCCAUCGGUUGAGCUACAUCGCGGUGUCCGCGCAGAGCUGUACAAGCUCAACGUCUACAGCGGUCCAUCUGGUCACUUCAAGGCACACGUCGACACGCCCAGGAGUAAUGGUCAGGUGGGAAGUUUAGUGGUGGCUUUACCAAUGCAUUUUCAAGGUGGAGGUGACCUUCUUGUUCGCCACGAGGGUGAGACUGUCCGCUUCGACUGGUCUCAAGGUGAUCAAGAUGAGCCUACCAUCAAAUGGGCUGCAUUCUACAGUGACUGCGAGCAUGAGGUCGAAGAAGUAAAGUCUGGUCAUCGCGUUACACUAACUUACAAUCUGUACCUUGCUCAGCGUCCUGGACUCUUAACUGGCAGUUCGACAGCCAUGGACGCAACGCAGCUUCCACUCUACUUAUCGCUCGCAGAUCUGCUUGGAUGUCCCGAUUUCAUGACUGCAGGUGGUAAGCUCGGAGUGGUAUGUUCACACGCCUACCCCCACACAAACGACAAAAUGCAUUCUCUGCUUCCGGAUAUGCUCAAAGGAGUAGAUAUGGCACUCUACGAAGCCGCCAAGGCACACAAGCUUCAGUAUGACUUGAUAACCUGCUUAGACUCGGAUGAGGAAGACUACUCAGAGGUAUACCGUGAGACUCUCGGUGGCAAAGACUUGUACUUUCGUGGAACUCAGCAGUGGCUUGACACCGACGAAGGUGGUGACGACGGCGACAGCAUAGACUUUCGUAGCUAUUUUCCAAACCUGCAGACGCCUCACUAUGGCACUGUGACUUGGAUCUACCCGGGAGGCCCUGGAGCCAACAGCGAGCAGAGUUUAGCCUAUAUGCAUAUAAGAUCACAAUGCUCUGCUCACAUGGCGGCUGAUAAAUUUGACCAUAACUAUAGUACGGUAAUCAGGCCUCAAACGCGUUCCUGUAUUCGAAUUUGGCAUUGCUGUUGGAGAUUCCACCCUUCUCCCAACGUAGUGCACCAUCUUUGGCUCUCUAGGCCUCAUAUCCCUACAGCGAGGAUUAGUAUAUGAUCUUCACACGUGGUGGCACUACUCGGCGUUCAUCCAGGGUCAUCGCCCUGGAAAAUCGAGUAUCGAAGGACGCCUGCAUCUGGGUAGACGAUUGACGCGACAAAGUUGAUGUAGACACUCGGUAGCUGUCGCAAUGAAAUUUAUAAAGAUUCAUGGAAUUUCCAUUUGUGUCAAUGUGUGGUAUCAUAGGUGAUAUGUCUAAACAAACUGAAUAUGAAGAAAACAUGAAGGU